UUUGGACAGUUUGUAACAUUUGGACAGCGUCUUCGCUGAGUCGUGCUUCAGGUUUUGGUUCAUGGACUGUUGCUCUGUUAAACAUCGACAGACAAAGUCAAACAGGUCAAAUGUUGCUUCAGCUUAAACCAUCUGUGGGACGAUUAUCCAGAUAAAGUGUUACCAAAAAAUGAAGUGUCAGAGUUCAACUGGAGCUCUUAUGUAACUCAAUAACUACUCCUGUGAUUGGCUGGAAAUAUCUGACUCCACCCCCUGCCAAGCAGAAGGACUUGAUGAAAACGUGAAUUUUAUCACAUGGAGCAGUGAGACGGUGUGAAGCAACUCAGCUACAGAAACUGAAGGAAGUGAAGAGGCCGUGUUGACCUGUGGACAUGGACAAACAGGCGAUGCUGCUGCUGCUGUUGGCGGCGCUGAACUUUGCUCAAACCGAAGUCAAUGUCAAAUACUUUGUGGAAGGUGGAAACAUGGUUCUGGAGCCUUCUGUCUCUGAACGUAUCACCAACAUCCUGUGGAAACACAAUGACUACCUGCUGGCUGAGUGGGUAGAAAACGAGGUUGAUCUGACUUAUUACGAUUCUUUUGCCAGCCGCACAACCCUGAACAUAACCACUGGACGUCUGGAGAUCACGAAGGUGACUAAAGCUGACGUCGGUUUGUACUCUUUACAAAUUAACGAUAGGAUCUAUAAUGAGAGUUAUGACGUUAAAGUGAUCAAGGAAGUGCCCAAGCCUACAGUCCGGCUCGGUCAGCAGGACAAUAAGCCUUCGCUGAUCUGUGAGGGUGAAACUGAAGCAGCUGAACCCGUCACCUACACCUGGACAAAGAACGGUCACGAGCAGAACUAUGGAAAAACCUUGGAGGUCCCCAGAUCUGAGUUAUUUCAUUUUCAAACCUUCUCCUGCCGGAUGAAGAACCCAGUCAGUGAGAAAGAAAGUCGGCCCUUACUCAUCUCGAUUGUUAAGUUCUGAUCAUCAGGAGGUCGAAGGUUUGAUGAACAGCUGGAACAUCUCGAAAUGUUCACAGCUGCAUGUUAACCCUCUGCCAUGUACCUGUUUGAUCAUAUGUGACAAACAGAGUUCAGAUGUGAAGUUAAAUGAGAAUAAACUUUAUUUGUUUUAUAAUUUCAGAACACGUUUCAAACAAACCGCAGUAACAAAAGCUACAGUCACAAAAAACAUCAGUGAUGAGUCCACCAUGUCCUCGGGUGGAGGAGCUUGAUUUUUGUAAAGGUGCUUCACAUGAGGAGCAAAACAUAAUAAUGCAUAUAAAUAAAUGUUACUACUCAUUUUUCUAAAUAUCAGGCUGCAAUAAUAAUAAUAAUAAAUGUAAAUUUCUUAAAUAAAUCAUAAGUAAAUUUCAAAAAGACAUUUUUUUUAAGCUUGAUGUUUUUAUGAGCACAUUUUUGUGCGAAGGGACCUUAACGUGAGGAUUUUAUGAGAAAAAUAAUGCAUAUAAAUAAAUGUUGCUGCUAAUCUUUCACAUAGAACA